AUGUCUAGCUUAGCGUCUCAGUUAAAGUCGAUCAAUGAAAAGACUGCGUCCGUUGCGUUGAAUAGACAGCAAAGGUCAAAAAUACACUCUCGCUCGUUGAUUUUCGAGCCCAAGGUUGCAUCUACACAAGAUUAUGAAUAUAUCCAUCAAAUUGCAAUCGACGGACUCGAUGAAUUAUGCGAGUUAGACACCAGGUUCAACAAGUUUCGAGCUUCACUAUUUGCAACCGACUCGAUAAACUUUGACAGAAAUGUACAAACUGAAGAUGUUAUUCAACAAGUAAAUGCCAAUAUCAACGCCUUUUUCACAUUAUUGGGCCCAUAUUAUAAUUUCACUGCCGCCCUCACUGCUAGUGAGUGGUUGGUUAGGAGAUUCCAAGCAAACAUUCACAAUUCAGAGUGUUUGGUUUUGUCGGUAUUACCGUAUUACCAACAACCUAUCUUUGUCAAGGUUUUGAAUGUGAUUCCUAAACAGAAUAUUCCCAAGAUUUUUGAGUGGUUGAGCAGCUUCAAGGACCGAUUGAAAAGUCCUCCUUUGCAAUCACUUUUCAGGGCUUUUUAUAGUGACGAGGCGUUGUUCAAAUUCUACACUUCAUUUUUUAAUGAUCUGAUCAAGAACCGCACUAUUUAUAAAGAGCAAUUGGUGUUUUAUUUGUCAAUUACGAUUCAAAUUCUUGCAUCAUUGUCGAAAAACCUGGAAAAGUUGAAUGAUUAUCUUAUUCCAGUGGUUUUAGAAACUGUUGAUUUAUUGCUCAAGCAUGAAUCGAGUGGCACGCAUUUCCAAAUUUCAGAAUUGAAGCUCACUGCUUUUUCAAUCUUGUCCGUGACUUCAUCUGUUGUUUCAUUGAAUCCUGAGCUUGUAAAUUCAUUGACCGUGGCGAUUUGCAAAGACAAGGAAUGUGUUUCUGGAAGUUUGCUCAAACCAACAUUAACAUUGUUGGUGCAGUUGUGGAAUUCUAAUACAGAAUUUGUGGUCAACAAGGACACUUUCAGUCACUUGUUGUUGAAUCACCAAGUUGUGGAGGUCUUGAGAGAUUUGAAAUUGGCAAAGUUCAAAGUAGACAGGUUUUUGUCGUACUACUUUGUGUCUACCUUCCCAACUAGCCAAUCUGUGCAGUUACUUGAAUUGAUCAAUCUCGAUGACGCUGCUCUAUCACAUUUUGUCACUGAAAAUGUUAUUAGUUUUAUUGCUUCAAAUACUGCUUUGAAAGAAAAUGAGAGGUUGGCUCUUGUUGAUGUCGUCAAAUUCAUUAUCAAGGAAGCUCGGACACAAUUUGAAGAGAUUCUCACUAAGCAUGAUUUGCAAUUGACUGAUUUGGAGCUUAGGUUGCAAUCAACAAUCACCGAAGCUGUGGCUGAAGAAAAUGCCGGCAUCAUAGAGGAAGAUGUAGUUGAUGAGGUUGUAGAUGAGACGGUUGAAGCUUUUGACUUUGGAGGAAUAAAGACUCACACAUCAACGUACUUGGAUGCCCGUAAUGACUCAGACUUUGAGGGGGUAUUAUCAUCGUUAUUGAAAUUGUGCUCAACUAUUAAAGUGUCUUCACAGAAGAAUGCGAUAUUGAAGUUUUGUCAUAAGGUGUUCCAAACACCAGGUAUUGCAGUGACCUUUUUGCUUCGAACUGGGUUCACUCCGUCUGUGCCAAUUAGUAUCAGAGUUAACUCUCUCAAGGCUAUAACCUCAAAGAUUAAGGAGUCAUCAGAUGCUAAAACAGACUUUUACUUGAUGGUUCCCUUACUUUUAUUGGGACUCUAUGCUGAAUCAAAGGGUGAACGUAUGACGAUUUCCCAAAUUGUGAGAACAAUUGCCUCCAUCUCAAAAGAAAUUCACUCGGAACAAAAGAAGGUCAAGACAACUUUGUUUAUGGAAGAUUUAAUUUACAGUUCUGCAGAAGAGAAGAAGAUGAUAUCACCCCAAGACGCUUUAACCUUGUUCAACUAUUUAACGGAAGGUAACGCUUUAGAUGAUGCAGUGUUUGACCGAUCAAAGACCACGCACUUGGUAAGUUCUAGCUUCCUGGUUAAGCACGGGAAAAAGAGUUUAGGUGCCGUGUACAAGACAUUUAUCCUUUCUCAAUGGGCAUUAUCGCAAUUACCAGUUGUCUUUAAAAGAAGAGCCUGGCAGAUUGGAAGCGAAUUGUGCAAAUUUAGUGGUGAUGAAAGACUAUUCUUUUGGACUACUGAUGUUUGUCCUUACACUGAACGCAGACAAGAUUGGCAAUUGCAAGCAAAGAGCGCAAGUAUUGAAAACUUUGUCGCCAUUGAUCAAGCAUUGGUGGGGUUAGUUGGAGGUAAGAAAAUUUCGAGCGAAACGGCCUCAAGGGAAUCUGAAUGGUUGGCCAAAGGAUUAGACAGUGGUUCUGGAAUUCAGGAAGUUGUUGAACAACGUGUUAGGGAUGUAUUUCAGCUAUUCUCCAUAGAAGCUCAACUACAAGUUGUCAACAAAUUGAUUGAGUUACUCGUCAACGAUGAAUAUGUGCCAUUUGACCCAAUGAUAACUUUGCAUGAGAUCAAGUUGAGCUCGGAUAUUUUCUUGCAAGCAUUAGGAAAUGUACAAAUUGGAGAAAAAUCACCAGAACAAGGUGUUGUCAAACGUAGAAGGAGAUCAUCAAACUCAACCAAACAAGCAAUGGCAAAGGACGAUGUUACCAGCUUGGCUGCGUUACAUAUUAGGAAAUUGGCCAUCUUGUUGGAAGUGUUGGAAACUAAGUUACGAAAGGAUGUCACUUUCUCCGAUCCAAAAUUGUUGAAGGUUUUAUUCAAUAUAUUGACUGAUUUGGACUACUUGGGCAACGAUGGAAACUUACCCGUUUUGUACACGCAAGAGGUGUUGGCUAGUUGUUUGCUCUUAGAUAUCACCAACAUGAAGAACAGUGGUGAAAAUCUCAAGUUUGAUUCCAAUUCAAUUAGGGCCGACUUGAUAGUCAACUCUAUUAGAAAUUCAAGCUCUCCACAGGUGCAAAACAGAUUAUUGUUGGUCAUUUCAGAGUUGGCUACAUUGUCGCCGGAGAUUAUCUUGCAUUCAGUCAUGCCUAUUUUCACCUUUAUGGGAGCACAUACAAUUAGACAAGAUGAUGAAUUUUCAAACAAUGCAUUACAGCAAACUGUUUCGAAAGUUAUUCCUGCCUUGGCUGCCAAUUCUUCGGGAUCUAUUGGCUCAGAGAUUGAGUUUUUAUUGACCAGUUUUAGUGCUGCUUUCAGCCAUAUUCCUACACAUCGUAGGGUCAAGCUUUUUGUCGCAUUGACUCAAACGUUGGGCUGUUCUGAUUCCAUGCACAUUGUUUUGUUUUUAUUGGGUCAGCAAUUUGUCCAACUCAAUCAAAAGAGGAGAUUGGAUGAGACUGAGGCUAUUGUUGGAUUUGUUGAGAGCUAUUUGAAAUCAUUCACGGCUGAGGAUCAGUUGAUUGGACUUGUCAAUUUCACCCAAUUAGUCAAGGCACUUCCAAUAAAGCAAUUGGAAAUUAACUCCGAUGACUAUGAUGCUUUAAAAGUAAGACCAGUCUAUGGAAAUGCUAUUGUUGGGCUUACCGAUGGUGAAUGUUUGAGGUUGAGGGCUUCACUCUUUGAGUACUUCAAUAUCAUUUUACGCCUUGACUCGUCUAGAUUUGAUGCCUUGUCGCUCAAGAGCAAAAUUGCCUUGGUUUUGCUUGAUGAUGAAAACGCAAAGCAAGAAAUAUUGACCAAGUUUAAAGACCUCACUAAUUUCAUCUUGUCUGAACUUGAAAUGUUUUCCAAUGAACAUCCAUACAAACCAAUUUGUUCGGCAUUGUAUGGUAUUUUAACCAAUUUAUUGGACUUGUUACCGUUGGCCAACUUUAUUGACUCGAUUGUUGAGUUUUUGGAUGUUGAUAAAUUGAGUGAUACCACAUCUAUCAAAGUAGCUAAAAACUAUGCUGUAUUAUCAGCAAGCAAAUUCGAAGAUGAGAUUAGUUUUGAUGCGUAUACAAAAAUUGGAAACUCCAUUAUUGAACGAUUGCUCAGUGUAUUGAUCAAGGGCAUUCGCAGGAACAUUGAUGCUGAAUUGCAACAAGCGUACUUGAAUACGUUUGCUAUUGUGACACGUAAGUUAGGGGUUACCAAUGCAGAUUUCAUUGUCAAAGAAAUGUCUAAGUUCAUGUUGGAAUCCUUGGGCGUAUUCACCUCAGAGUGCGGUUUAUUAAGUUCUCAAUCAGAAGCAAUCGUUGCUGCCAUAAACGCCAUUAUCAGUGUCGUCAACAUUUUUGGAGUCAAAACUCUUGGCCUUUUCCCCAAGAUUGUUCCUCCAGCUUUAAAGCUUUGGGAAUCGACUACGGAAAAUGACAACGAGGGUUCCAAGUUAGUCCAGGAGUCGGUGUUAUUAUUGCUUUCAAGCUACAUCAAGAAGAUGUCAGCGUUCAUGGUUACAACGUUGGAUUCAAUUUUGAUCACAACAUUGAAGAGUGACUUGACCGAGAACCUGAUCAAGUCGGCGGUAUUGAAUUUAAUCAUUAAUCAUAUGGAGGCCGGAUUAGUCUUGAAAUCUUUAUGCAGUAUUUGGAUAAACAAGGGUUUUUACAAGACUGAUAAUGCAGCAGAUAUUGGAUUAUACUUGAAUACUUUGGAGUCGGCAAUUGAGAAAUUGGAAAAGAAGGAAGCAACGCAACAAGCGUCAAUGUUUUUCAAGUUGUUGAUGCAGUCAUUUGAGUUUAGAGAAUAUUCUCACUUGGAGGGUGACAAGUUCGAUCACAAUACUAUUGGAAGAAUCGAGAGCUCAUUCCACUCAUGUGCUAUAUCCUUUGUUAUGAAACUCAACGAUAAGAGUUUCCGUCCAUUGUUUGCCAAUUUGGUUCGCUGGGCAACGACAGGAGAGGGCAGCACAUUGGAAAUAAACCACACGUCAAGAUUGAUUUCAUUUUAUCGUUUUUUCAAUAAGUUGCAAGAGCAACUAAAAAGUAUUGUCACAUCCUACUAUUCAUACUUGAUUGAUGCAACUUCGUCGGUACUUGGUGAUUUCGCUAAUGGCACUCUUCAAGACACCAGUCUCCGCAGAAUCAUAUUAAUCUCGUUGACAUCUUCAUUCAAUUACGAUCAAGAUGAGUAUUGGUCGCAAGAAGGUAGAUACGAGGGUAUUGUUCAACCACUUUUGGAUCAGUUGUGCAACAUCGAAGAUCCAAUCGGGAAGUAUUUGGUCAAGGCAAUCAGUGCGCUUGUGUCUGAUGUUUCAUCCAAAGAAUACAACGAACACAUAUUGAAGUCAUUGAUCAAGUUUGUUUCUUAUGACAAUGAAAACUCUUCCAAUACCAAGAUAUGGACAAUUCGUACGCUCAAAACGAUUUUCCAGAAAAUGGGAGAGCUGUGGCUAACUUACUUGCCAACAUUGGUGCCACAUAUUGCCGAGCUACUAGAAGAUGAAGAUGAGUAUGUGGAGCUAGAAGUAAGAGAAGGGUUGGUGAGAGUUAUUGAGAAAGUUUUGGGUGAACCUUUGGAUAAGUAUCUAAGUUAG